AUGAUUGCAAAGCUUCGUGCACCGCGGUUCUUCAGCCACAGACAGCAGCACACUUUGAUCUUCGUCAUUGGAACCAUCCAUAAAACAGUUCUCUGCUCCGACCGCUUCGUAUUGAGUAUCCGCAUCACCACCCCAACAACACUGCCUACAAUGACAAGUACCUUUGAUGAGUUCCUGUCUGGGUGCCAGAAAGCUCUUCUCCAGGAUGAAACAAAUGGAGACAAGGCCGCAUUGGCCAAGAAACUGGAUGCCAUGGAAGAUAUGACCAAGCGCUUCCGCGAGAGUCACGCUGCCAAGGAUCGCCCUUCUCGUUGCCAAGGUUGGGAACAUUGCAGUCUAUCAAUGGUCCCAACAGCAAUGGUCCCAACAGCAAAUGUACCCUUCGUGGUGUAA